GCUCAGCGUCAUCCGACGACAACUACUUUCCCAGGAUUCCUUGCUGCACUGUGUGCUCCUCUGCGGUUGUUUCAAACAUGGAGGAGAGGGAAAGAACUAAUGUUAAACCAGACCUUAAAGAAACGACAGCUGCAACCUGCUCGAGUGCGACAACAGUACCGGAGCAUGAACCGGAGACAGAGCGUGAAGCUGGGGACUCUGACGCGGCUAAAAUAGAUGUCUGCUCGGAAAGCUUCGACCCGCUCUUGGCCUUGUACUCGCCGACUGUACCGCUUCCUUUCCCAAAUAUCAAGUGCUUCAACAAUGUGUCAGAGUACGAGAGCUUUCUGAAGGGCGGCCGGGGAAGAGCCAAGCCGGAGAAUGUGGAGAAAAAGCGGCAGAAGGCGAUGAAAGGGGUGGCGGACCCGGAGCGCAUAGAAAGGCUGAAGAAGCUCAUGGUGAACAACCCGGUGCCAACGGAGGAGGAGGGGGAGAGCAGCCGCACCCCGCAGAGAAAGAGGCAGAAGCCACAGAAAAAUGUCUUGUCAAGGAUGCCCUUAUGUAAAGGCAGUCCACUGGGGGAGCUGUACCGAUGUGUUGAGGAGAGGAUAAGGGUCAAAGUUCACAUCAGGACCUUUAAGGGACUGAGGGGAGUGUGCUCCGGCUUUGUGGUUGCCUUUGACAAGUUUUGGAACAUGGCAAUGGUUGACGUAGAUGAGACAUACAGGGAGCCUCUGCUUGGAGAAGCAUUCUACCAUGAGAAGGCCCUCACUAUUUCACGGCUCUUCGAGAAGCUGAAGCUCCAGGAGAGCUCAGCGGGUGACGAGCCAGCAAAGCGCGAAGCCGGAGAAACAGCCAGCAAACAGCAGCCUGCAAACCCAAAAGACCCGUCUGCUCACCAUACUUGCAAGGGAGGGCACAGCAGGACAAAGUCCAAGCUGUCAGACACGGUUAAAACAAAACACGAUAAACACACAGUCUCGCUGAAGGCCCCGGGUCCAGAGGGCUGUCAGAAGAAAGACUCCCAGAUGUAUGGCAAGGUCCAUACACGCCACAUCAACCAGCUUUUCAUCCGGGGUGAGAACGUCAUCCUGGUGAACCCACAGCCACUCUGAUUUUUGUUUUCUGGUCGAUUAAAAGAAAGGUGUGCUAUGACCACAAUCAGUUACAUUUAAGUAUAGUUUUACGCUUAACAUCUGAUAGGUGUGAAAUACUGUAGAUGAACUGCCAGACAGACAUGAUUUAAUUAGAUUCAGAAGAAUCAAACAAGGACUAUUGUUAUAUCAUAUUGAUAUGGAGGUCUUUCUCUGCCCACCAGAGAAAUGAUUUUAAUUUUGAGGAAUAAAAGCUUCUCAGUUCUAAUUAUAGUAA